GGAGGAGGAGGAGGUAUAUAGAGUGGUAGUUAGAACAGCGUGAGAAAGUGUUUCCUUUCCUCUUUAUCCUUCCUUUCCAAUUUUUGGCAACAUUGAAUAUUUCCUUUACCGCUUUUCUUGUUUCUUUGUUUCUUUCGUUUUUUUUCCUUAUAUUACCUUCACUUCUUGUUUGCAGUCUUGAAGACCUAGUUUUUGUUUGGAUUUUGCUACUAUCAUUCUCUUUUUUUCCAGUUCAGCCUCAGAAGAGCCGGCUUUUAUUAUUCCUUCAACGACGAUGUUUGGGAGACGGACGGGUUUUGUUGCUGCGGCGGCGGCGGCUCUGUUUUCGGGAUCGGUGCUCGCGCAGAUCCCCGACGCCUUUUCCGCGGGGUUCGAUCCCAAAUCUACUGAAUUGAAGGUGACGUUUGGGACAAAUGAUUUGAAGGAUGGGGAUACUCUUACUCCCUCUGGUGAGUUGGACCUUUUCCCCUUUUGGAUGUUGUGGGUGGUAGUCUGACAAUGACUUGAUAGAGGCUGCUACGCUGCCAAAGUUCGCAUUGGGAGGAUCCUCCGGUAUCAGCCCGAAGACGAAAUACAUCGUUCUCAUGAUAGAUCCCGAUUCUCCAAGCCGUGAUGACGCGGUCGCGCCACAGGUCCUGCACUACUUGAAGACCGACUUUGCCGUGUCAGAGUUCACGAAUCUUGCAUCCACGGCCCCUCCAUCACUCAAGUAUGUCGGUCCCGAUGCCUCCUCCGGUACCGGCCCGCACAGAUAUAUCUUCUUGCUGUAUCUUCAGCCAGAUGAUUUCCCUGCGAAGGGUAUUCCGGAUGAGUCCAACAGGGCAGGAUUCAAUGUGUCGAGUUGGAGAGAAGUAAACAAUCUCAAGAGGGCCGUUGCCGGUAUCCAUUUUGUUGCUACUCCACCAGCAGGGGGAGCAGCCCAGAGUUCUGCCGUUGAGACUAAGACUGGUGUCCCUCUCCCGCCAGCUAGCACUUACACUUCAAAUGGUGCUGUGUAUACUCAGACUCCCCCGUGCACCACAGCUCUCGGAACGACAAAGUCCGCGCAAUCUGUGCCCAUCCAAACAACAAGCUAUGCGGGAACUUCCAAGCCCCAGCCACCACCGACAUAUACUUCCGCCCCCCCAGCUCAGACUUCCGUCCCCGUCGCUCCAAAGACCCACACCGUCACGGUCGGAGGCACCAACAUCCUCAAGUACAACCCCGAGACCGUCAUUGCCAAUCCCGGAGACGUAGUCUUCUUCGACUUCCUCGAGAGGAACCACACAGUCACACAAUCUACCUUUGACGAUCCAUGCGUCCCCAACCCCAGCGGCGUCAAGUCCGGUUUCAGGCCCAACCCGCAGAACAUUCCCGGCAAGGAGAUCUUCAACUUCACCGUCCCCGAUGAGAAGCCAAAGUGGUUCUACUGCGCCCAGGGAACGCAUUGCAAGAGCGGUAUGGUCUUCGCCAUCAACCCCGGUGCAAAGUUCCCGGAAUUCGUCGCAAAAGCGAAGGGUGGUGCGAAUGCUACUGCUACUGCUUCUGGCACUGGCACCGCUGUCCCUACGGGAACUAUCCCGCUCCCCACAGGCAACACGUCUUCGCCUUCGGGAUCCGCGGCUCCCAUCUUCCAGGGCGCUGGCUCGAGAGUCACCUUCUCUGCUACCGCCCUUGCCGGAGCAUUCCUUGCCGCGUGGUUGCUCGUAUAGUCGGAUGUG